AUGGUUACAAGCCCGCAGAAGUUGGUCGUAAAAUCCGGACCAGAGUGGGUUGUCGGAUGGCCCGUUGAGGGAGAUUUUUCUUUGGAGACGGACCGCCACAUGGUGGGCGAAGUCACCAGCAUUCUCCUAUCCAUCUACCGCACAGGUCUCUGGGAGAAAGGGGACCUGCAAGCAUGGCGCUUCUACACGGCGUUGAUGUCCAAAACGAAGUUGUACCCGGACUUCCCGCCGAACGAGAGUCUUUCCCAUUUUCUCCAGCGAUAUAACAUGAGCGCUUCGGACUCGUCACAGCUCUCGCCCCUGAUGCUCGCAAGCAUGGAGGGCAACUUGAGCGUGAUGCAAGCUUUGCUGCGUGAAGGGUGCGACGUUGAUGCCACGACGAAGUUCGAAAUCCCUGAAGCACAUGUUAACGGCACGAACACGGCCCUAUCUUUGGCCGCGCAGAUCUCUACACCAGAGGCCGUACAGCUGCUGCUUCAGGCGCGAGCGUCGGUGAACCUUCCGAAGGCUCAGGGUGGCGUGCCACUACUGACUCACGCAAGCUACUUUGGGAACGCUGCAGUUUUGCCCUUGCUGAUACGCGCGCAUGCUGACGUCAACGAGGGCUGCUUCGUGGUCGCUGGGGCAUU